GAAAGACAGGCAACUGAACUACAACUCCCAGAAAUGCUUGGGGCCUCGGCGCAACGUUGGCGUGUCCGCCACAAAGCCCCUGGGACGCCCUGAGGGUCUGGGGCACCUGGCCGUCCAUUUUGCGGAGCUUGGCCCCCUGCAGAGAGAGACCAUGCCGAGACCCCGGAAGAGACCAACUGGGGCUGCUGGCCCAGAAAAGAAGGGGCAAUCAGAAAAACGUACCAAAUUUGAGAACUCAGGUGAGGCAUCAGCAAAAGUGGAGAACUCCAGCCCUCAGAACACUUCAGUCUUUAAAAACUGUGGGAAGAAGCUAAGCAACUACUGGCUGAUGAAAUCAGAGCCAGAGAGCCGACUAGACAAAGGUAUAGAUGUGAAGUUUAGCAUUGAGGAUCUCAAAGCACAGCCCAUGCAGACAGCAUGCUGGGAUGGUGUUCGUAACUACCAGGCACGAAACUUCCUUAGAGCCAUGAAGCUGGAGGAAGAAGCCUUCUUCUACCAUAGCAACUGCAAAGAACCAGGCAUUGUAGGACUUAUGAAGAUUGUAAAGGAGGCUUACCCAGACCACACACAGUUUGAGAAAAACAGUCCCCAUUAUGACCCAUCCAGCAAAGAGGACAACCCCAAAUGGUCCAUGGUAUUUCUCACUGGUGAGGGACAGAUGACCCCAGGCACUUCCACAGGUUUCUGUCCCAGAACAUUCCUACUAGCCAGAGAAGAUGCAGAAAGGAGGUGUCUGGUGCCAGCAGUGAAAGGCCAGAGAGAAGGUGGCAUGUGGAAACCUCAGAGCACCACAUCCAAGACGCCCAAAGAGGGUAUCCAGGGCCCUGGUGGAAGCACCUCACCUGCUGCUUGAAGUAGCGCCGUUCCUCCUCGUCUAUCAGCACCAGGUUGAGAGCUGGUCCAAAAAUGGAAUAUCAGGAAGAGAAAAACUGGGCCCCAACUCUUCAAGGGGCUGGAGCAAUGACACCUGAAUCUGCUGAGAAGUGUCCCCAGGGUUGUGGGCUGCUUAAUCUGUGGCACACCUCCUUCCACAUGAAAUGGACUGUGGGAAUACUCUGGAUGAACUCUUGGAAGGAAUGAAAUAAAAUCUUGGAAAGACCAAGCAAGCACUUCAAAAUGAGAAGACACAUUGAUUGCUACAGAGUCAAUGAAGAAUACAAGUGAUUGCUACUCCCAAAUAAUUACAGAUUCCCAAAUAAAGAAGAAAUUCAAUUCCACUAAUCCUAGAGGUAAUUACCUCCAUGGAGGUUGGGGGAGGACCAUUUCUAGCUGGUUCCCAGUGCUGUCUGUAGCAACUGGUAGUAUGGGUUAGUGUGGCCUAUAGUUCUCUUUCAUACUUGGUGAAUGGAUUCAGAGAAUAAAUUGUUUUGUCAGAGAUAGAG